AUUGGUGGGGCCCACCGGGUUUUUACCCUGUGUCCCGCUGGCCCAGUUCCACCCUGAAUGGGGGAUACACUGUUUAGCAUGGGAUAUGUGUGAAGGCGAGGGAGUCAGGGGGAUACACUAUAUAGCAUGGGAUAUGUGUGAAGCAGAGGGGAUCAGGGGGAUACACUAUAUAGCAUGGGAUAUGUGUAAAGCCGAGGGAUCAGGGGGAUACACUAUAUAGCAUGGGAUAUGUGUGAAGCAAAGGUAUCAGGGGGAUACACUAUAUAGCAUGGGAUAUGUGUGAAGCAGAGGGAAUUAAGGGGAUACACUCUAUAGCAUGGGAUAUGUGUGAAGCCGAGGGAGUCAGGGGGAUACACUGAGAUACAUGUUCAGAAAAGGGAAGGGGGGACAUUACAUUGUUGUUACAUGUACAAUGAGUGGGAUAAGUACAAGUGGGAUAAGUGUGCAGACAGAAUAAAUGAGUUAUCAUAUAAUAAAAGUCAGGAUACAAAGUCCAUGGUGUGAUGUCAGAACUGGUAUCCUGAUGUGUUGCUCUUUGUCCAGUAGAGAGUGGAAGAGGCACAUGCAAUAAAGUAGCAGUAUGACAGCAGCAGACUGAUGCUCCAUUCUGCCACAAGAGUGUGCUUGUGAGGUGUUUUGCAUUUUUUCCCCUGCAAACCAGAAUUAGCCGGUAUGGCUAUGAAAGAGUAGAGAUUUUAAACCGAAGCCUACACCAGUGCAAUAAGAGGAAAAGCGGGUAUGAGGCAGAACAAGGAUGACCUGAGGCUUUUUCCUCGGUUCCCAAUCAGGCUGAAUACAAUGUGCACAUGCAGAAGGACCAGCAGGUUGACAAGGGGAGCUGUGAGGUCAGAUAAAGCAAGUUCUUCAUGGACGAGGGUGUGAAACUCUAGGAGGAGAGAGAGUCUCUGCAGCUUCUGUGAACAAACCAGGACAAGCGCAGGAUGUGCAGCGCAGGAGCAGACAUGGGAAAGGAGUUGGGCAAAGAUGUGAAGACCAAUACACGGAUGAAGAAAGCGAACCCCAACAUUGACAGGGGGUGGGCAUGGAUGGUGGUGCUAUCAUCUUUCCUUGUCCAUUUGCUGAUAAUGGGAUCACAGAUGGCACUUGGGAUUCUCAAUAUGGAAUGGCUUGAAGAAUUUAACCAAAGCAGAGGUCUGACAGCCUGGGUCAGCUCCCUUAGUAUGGGCAUUACUUUGAUUGUUGGUCCAAUUAUCAGCUUAUUCAUUAAUACCUGUGGGUGUCGAAAGACUGCAAUGAUUGGAGGGUUCUUGACUUCCCUUGGCUGGGUGCUGAGUGCUUAUGCCCCUAAUGUGCAUUUUCUGUUCUUCUCAUUUGGUGUGACUGCUGGUAUUGGCAGUGGGAUGGUUUAUCUACCUGCAGUUGUCAUAGUCGGGCAGUAUUUCCAGAAGAGACGUGCACUAGCGCAAGGUCUGAGUACUACGGGUACCGGAUUUGGGACAUUCUUAAUCACAGUCCUACUGAAGUACCUGUGCAGGGAGUUAGGCUGGAGGAAUGCCAUGAUUAUUCAAGGUGCUGUCACACUAAACCUGUGUGUGUGUGGUGCGCUCAUGAGACCACUAGACCAUGAUGAGGAACACUUGAAAGACCAUGAAGAGGCUGCAGGUGACCCCCAAGAUGCCAAGGAAGGUACCUUGUUGAAUGACGAGGCCAUAAAAGCUAACAGAGAGUUACGUGAAGGAGACGAGGAAACAGUGAGUGCCAACACUGCUGUAUCACAGAGCAAGGAAGAAACAAGAAAUUACAUAAUUAUUAAUGAUAUGAACAAGCAUAGCAUCAUGAAGACCCUAACCCAGAUGACUGUGGUUGUAAGAUCUGGCUUCUUUGCCUGGUAUUCCAGCUACUUUGGAGCAGCAUCCCUUUUCACAAAUAAAGUCUUUGUUGCCUUUGUCUUUUGGGCACUACUGGCCUAUUGUAGCUUUGUGAUUCCGUUCAUCCACCUGCCAGAGAUUGUGGAGAUGUAUGGCCUGACAGAGCAGAACAACAUUUUCUCCCUCACCUCCAUCAUUGCCAUUGUCCAUAUUUUUGGCAAAAUCAUUUUAGGUUUCCUUGGUGACCUGCCAUGUGUUAGUGCCUGGAAUGUCUUCAUUGCAUCCAAUUUUACCCUUGCCGUGAGCAUCCUUAUUCUGCCACUCAUGCAUGACUACUCCACUCUGGCUCUGGUCUGCGCUCUCAUUGGCUUCUCCAGCGGAUACUUCUCUCUUAUGCCUGUUGUCACUGAAGAUUUAGUGGGGAUCAAGCAGCUGGCGAAUGCCUAUGGCAUCAUUAUCUGUGCUAAUGGAAUUUCAGCACUUUUGGGACCACCUUUUGCAGGCUGGAUCUAUGACUUCACCCAGAAAUACGAUUAUUCCUUCUAUGUUUGUGGCUUGCUGUACAUGGUGGGAAUCGUUUGUCUGCUUCUAGAGCCCUGUCUGCAAUCAAAAGACCGACCAUCAAAAAAAUUAUCUGGCAGCCAAGAGGCCUGAAUAUUCCAAUAACUCUUUUGUUGCUGGAAGACAAGGGCCGGAGCCAGAACAUUGUGUAGAUGUGUAUGCAUGUUGCAUACACCCCUUUGUUUCUACUGCUUUGUUAUGUUGGGGAUUGGAACAAGAUGGGAGUUGCUGUAGACUCUUGGAAGCAAUCCUAGCAAAUAUCUUUACAAUUCAGUUAGUUAAGUUCUCAAAAAACUCUAUUUUCAGACCAGAGUGUUCCAGCCAUUACUACAGAGUCCACAUACAAUGGUUUGAUUAUUCCAUUCUAGGUAGGUUUAGGCUAGAAAAUAACUAAUCAAACUAGUCGCCAGUCCACUAAUACUUAUACUAUACACAUGGGAAAACCAGUACUGUAAGCUAUUGUUUUCAGGCCUUGGUACUAAAUUUUCCCGACUUGUGGCACCACCUCCUUUCUUCUUACAGCUCAGGGUAUCUCCCAUGGCCAGUGCAGCUUCCCAUCAUAGAACUGCCGCCAUGCUGAGAGCAUCACAGGACAGGAGAGGCUGCAGCAGUUGCACCCGCUACUCCCCAAUAAGUUGUCACAGUAGAAAAUUUUCAAAUUCAUUGCUUAGCUUAUCUAAUGUCCUGCAAAGUUUAGGGAGCAAGUGAAAAUGAUAGCACAGUUGGAAACUGACCUAUUGCCUGUGUUGUACAUGUAGCUUUUAACCCCAGUAAGUAAGGCUCCAUCUCUGUGGGUCAGUGUAUGGGUUGGCUGUUAAAGGGCCCAUCUAUUGACAUGGGCCUAAAGUAGUCUUAAUCCUCUGCUGCUAUUCACCUUUGCAAAAUGCAUGAUGAUAGCAAGCUCAGGUGUUUAACAGCCUAAGUCCAUUUGGAAAGCUAAUUGGUCAGAAGGGUACGGAUUGUAUAGAAAUGCAAAUGUAUGAAGCACGUUGGCCCCUACUUUACUUUAGCUUGGUGCUCAGUCUGGGGGGAUCAAACAGUCUUAAUGAAGUUGCUUCCACUAUACCUUCGCUUUUUGUAGCGUCGGGUGCAGGCUGCUUCCCUACUGUCAAAGGAACGGGAUACUCCCACAGAAAUAACGCUGCAGCACUCCGAAAAUGGUGAUGUUUCUGGCUCCUGCCCUUUCUGAAGCUUGAGAGCCUGAAACGUCACCUAAUCUUUGGCACAAAUAAACUCAACUCAGCUUAAUCAACAUUUUCGGAGUGCUGCAUGUAAUUUUUUUGGCAGUCUGGGGGGAUCGGCACAUAGCCAAAUGUAUAUCCCAUAGAGGGGAGCGAAUAACAAAAACCAACAGCUUUGUUUAGAUAGCGAGACAGACCAAAUACUGUUAUAUUCUGUCUUUGUUCAAAUUUAUGAAACCACAUAACUGUAUUUGUUCCAGUGACAUUGCAAAUGGAUGCCAUUGAGAUUCCUUCUAGUCAUUCUAAAUUUAGCCAACAUUAUGCCAUACGGUAAACAGGUCCUUUGCCUAUACAGUGUGGCAUGUGGUUUGAUGGACUAUUACUUGUUUCUACUGACUCAGGAGUCAACAUGUGAUUUAGAUUUUUUUUUUAGUUAGUGGGACCAUAAAAUAAAUCAUUACGUUAAUGCAGAUUUAGAUUGAUGGCACCCCAAUGGACACCGUGCACAUCUGGAGUGAUGCACUUAAUGCUUGUCUAAGGCAGAUAUUUAUUGCAGGGCCCCUGUGUUGUGGCCCCAGAGUGCUGUGCUAACAAAUAUACAAAAGUCACUUGGGUGGAGAGCCUGCCAGGACAGUCAGUGUGGAGGGGUGCAAUUGUCAAGUGAAGGGCAAUUUUGGGCCUACCCUGCAUGAAUGAGCCUUAUUGUCACAUAAUUAAAAAGUGCAUCAGAGAAGCAGUGUUAUAUACUUGUGUAUUUUUCAUUCGGGGGUAGGCAAUACAAUGAGAGAAUAAGACAUAUUCUAGGUUUCAAGAGUUUUACAUGACUUGUGCAGUUCCUCCCUGGAUGGAGAUGCCAAACUGGUAGAUAUUAAGAUCUUGAACGAAUACCAUCCCUCAUUAGCUUACUGUUGGGGGUUUCUGAACUUGAAGUUGACAACAGCUGAAGGGCUGCAUGAGAACUAGGCUUCUGUUUAGCUAUAGGGCCAAUACAUUUCUCAAAUUUUUGUGCUGCCACACUGGAGUGCCAAUCUGUUCCAAUUCAACAAGCUGUUUAUAAUCGGGACAUAUGUAGGGCAGGAGACAAAUAUAUAUAGGGGUGCGGAGUAUUGCACUUUAUGUAGGAAAAGAAUUAUGUCCUACAUGCAACCCUCAAGCAGAACUACAACCUUAGCUAAGCUCUUGAAAGAAUGGCCUUCUGCCCUCAUGUCUGGUUCAUUGUUGGAAUCUUUAUGUUGCUAUCUGUUGCACUGUAUGUACUGUAUUCUCCCGCAUUCACUGUACAGCACUGCAAAUAUGGUGGCACUUUAGAAAUCAAUGAUAGCUGUCAGAGGGGCUGCUAGGAGUUGCAGCUAGACAACAACUGGAGGCUGGAUAUCCCUGAUACAUGUACUGAAAAUACCAAUUGUUAUACAAUAUGUCCUUUGUACUUUUAGCAAUAUGUUGUCCAAGGGGCCCUGGGAUUCAUUUUCUCUCUGCUGACUAAUAUAAUAUGUGAUUUUGUUUCUUGGUGUUUGUGUAAGUAAAGUAAUCCUAAUGUACUGGCAUUAUAUCUCUGUAAUGGAAAAUGGGCACAAGACCUUAGGAUGCAUUGUCAAAGUGAAGCCUCUCUCAGGAGACAAGUCACGUGCUGCUAAUAAAGGCAAAAUAAUCCAGUUGGAUUUAAAUGUU